AUGGAUCGCGAUCGGAGAAGCAGGUACGAGGACGGCGAGGUCACUAGGUAUGGCGCUGGCGAGUCCUGGAGACCCUUCCCUAGAGGUGGAGGUGGCGGCGGCGACCGCUCCCCUCGACGAGCCCGAAGCCCACUGAGAGACCGCGAACGAGACCGAGAUAGAGAUCGUGACCGGGACCGCGAUCGCGACCGUGAUCGUGACAGAGACAGAGACCGGCCAAGAUCUCGCGACCGCGACAGAGACCGAGACCGAGAUACCAGAGACACCAGAGAUCGCCCGAGAUCAAGAGACCGCGACAGAGACCGCGCCCGCACGCCGCCAUUGACCUCGGAUAGCUAUGUCCCCGGAAGGUCUCCUGCGCGCCGCCGCUCGCGCAGUGCUGAGCGUUACCGACGUGACCGGUCCCGUGAUAGAGACCCGCGCCCUCAGAGCGACACAUGGCGCAGACGAGACAGGACUCGAAGCCCUCCCCCGGUGAGACGGCCCUCGCCGAGACGUAGCCCGUCAAGGCGCCGCAGUCCCAUUGGAAGAUCUCCAGCCAUCCGAGAUGAGAGAAGCGAUCGAGCCAGAUCGCCGCCGCGCCGCGACAACAGAGACAGAGAGCGUGAGAGGGACAGAGACAGGGACUUUGAUCGGCGGGACGACAGGUACCGUUCGUUGCCCCCCUUUGCGCAGACUACGGUCUCAUUACCUUUUAGACGCCGGUCGCGUUCGCCAUACGGCCGCGACAGAGGUCCUAGGGAUAGAAGUCCACCCCGGCGGUCGCCUGCGCCGGCAUCUCGUGGCAACUACCGUCCACGGUCUCGUAGUACGAGCCGCCGCGGCGGUGGGGGCGAGAGAUACGUAGGAUCCUCUUACAGACGGGCCUCGCCGCCCCGAGAUUCUGGCAUCUCGUCAGCGAUCACGUCUCGAUCAGCUUCAGGCAAGUCGUCACCGCAUCCUCCUCCUUCCACCCGAGCACGUUCGCGGCCGCAAUCGAGGGAGCGUGGGGAGCGUGUCGAGCGAGUCGAGCGGGAGCAGCAGCGAGAGCGAGAGCGGGAACCUACACCGCUUCAGACCGGUGCUUCUGCUGCAUCAUCGUCCUCCACGAUGACGACGACGAUUCGCGAAGCACCCAAGCCUGCCGCAAACGCCACCGCAAACGCCGCCGUUUCCGCCGCCUCCGCGAUCGCCGCCCCCCAAGAGCCGGCCCCGCCGGCCGCAAAGACACCACCUCGAGGCCCCGCCGCUUUACGUGCUCCUCCAACCGGCCCUGCCGCGACCCGAAACUUCACUGCGCCCGCCAGCUCACCAGCUGUCCAGCCACCUAGACACCCGCCGACCCCGAGCGUGCCACCCUCGCGCGCAGACGCCGUUAGCCCGACAAUCCCACCGGCCGGCCCCCGAGGCUACGUAGCUCCGGCCAGGGGCGGCGGAUACAGCGCCCGCGGUGGACGAGGCUCGUGGUCUGGUCCAUCCCCUCGACAGGCCCCCGCCCCCACGACAUCCCCCUCUGCCAUUGGCAACGGACCUUCCAGCAUCCCAACCGGUCCACGCGCCAACCCCUCCAACACAACACCUUUGAGCACAUCGUCAGCACCCAAAGCCUUCAACCCCCCUACCGGCCCCUCCUCGCAGCACGGCGGCCCCGGAAACGUCCGCCUGACGCUCGCGCAGAGCAUGCUUGCGACCUUGCCGCCCAUCAUCCCCGGCGGCAAGAUCGACCCUUCCUUGCUCCCGACGACGACGGGCAUCACGAGGGACAUUGAGCCGCACUACAAGAAACUCAAGGCGGAGGAGGAAAAGGCCCGCGCAGAGCUGGACGCGAAGCAGGAUAAGUUGCGGCAGAGCCUCCAGAUGUGGGACAAGCUCGAGAUGGAGUCCAAGGCGUGGAAGACGAGGGUAGACGUGAGCGAGCAGAGCUUGAAGAGCUUGGCUGGUGAAGGCAUGGGCGGUGCCGCGUUCUAG